UCAAAGUCAGGCACACAGAUCAUUUAUAGGAGUGGCUGAUCUAACCGUGAGAAAUCAUAAACUUGUAUCACUGCCCAAGAUUAAAACACUACAAUUUGAUUAGUAACAUAUAAAUAAACUACCUCAAUGAACCUUUGCUCUGAGUGAAGAAAAAAAGUAAUCCACACUUGACCUGAAAUGUACAAUUUCACUGACAUUGCUUAAUUCUUUUCAGAUUUUUGAAGUUAUCUCACCUUGCUCUCUCAACAUGUCACGAGUAGCACCCUUGAGACGAACUGCAACUGAUUUAGUUAACAGGAAUCAAGAUCUGGCACUCAAUACAACUAUAUACAUUUUGAGAGAAUUAGGCCCUGUUGGAUUCCUUCUUAAAGAAGAAGGUAUACCUAAAUGCUUUAAAGUAAAUAUAGGAAAUCCUCACAAUUGCAGCUGUUCCAUAUUUCUCAAAGAAAACGACCUCUGCAAACACAUAUGCUGGGUUUUGUUAAAGAAGUUCAAGCUUCCACGUGAUCAUGAAUGUGCCUUCCAAUUUGGCCUUGUGGACCGAGAAAUUGAAAUGCUUCUGGACAAUCUUCACACGGACAAAACACCACGGCAUCCCACCAAAAAUUCUAAAAUAAAGCAUAAUGUUGAAGAAGCAGUUGGACUUGUGACUCAGAAGGAAAUUUAUCCAGAGGAUGUCUGUCCUAUUUGCCAGGAAGAACUAUUGAAAAAGAAACAACCCGUGACAUAUUGCAGAUACACCUGCGGAAACAGUGUCCAUAUCAAAUGCAUGAAUAUUUGGGUAGAACACCAAGCAAAGACUGAGAAUGAAACCACUAUCAAGUGUCCUCUGUGCAGGGAGGUGUUUGCACCACUGAGCCUCCUACAGGAAGAAUUUAGAAACAUCACCAAAUUUACCAUGGCAGCAGAAAGGGAAAGACUUGACAGACACCUUGGAAUUCCUUGUAAUAAAUGUGGAAUUUGUCCAAUUCAGGGCAAAUGCUACAGAUGUUUGAGCUGUCCUGAUUUUCACCUUUGUCAGGAGUGCUUCCCAUGUCCGAGCCACUCUCAGCAUAAGUUCUCUUUUCGGGAGAAGAGAAAUCAGCGUUGGAGACCACUACAGCAAGUUUCCAGUGUGCCUUUACCUCUAGCAGUUAUCAAUGAUCUGAUGAAUAGAGAAAUAGUUGCCAAUGAUUAUAAUAUACUUCUGCAGUUGGACAGAAAUAUAUCAAGCUCAGUGCCUGGACAUGUAGUACAUGCUUUACCCAUGUUAAUUGUGAAAGAGCAAAGCAAACUGCUCGUGCCUGGUCAGCAGUGCAGAGUUUGUCUAAAAGCAUUCAGACUAAGGCAGGAAGUUCGAUGUCUCCCUUGUCAGCACAAGUUUCAUAAAGAAUGCAUCGACCAUUGGUUGUUGCAUGAAUGCAACUCUUGUCCCAUUGAUGGUCAAGUAAUCUACAAUCCGUUAACCUGGAAUGAAGGACCAAGUCGAAGCAAAAAGAAAGAAGCAACUACUAAUUCAGAGCAUUCCGGGCCUCCAGCCCAAAUGGAGCAACCACAUUUUCUUAUUCCAGUAAUUGGUUAUAAUUCACCGCUGAAGAAAGCAAGCAACAACCAAGCUCAUGGACAUCAAAAACAAGGUCACGUUCAAAGAGGGCAUAGGACUCAAAAUGCAGUAGGCUUCACAGAGGAUUUCGCUGUGAAUGGUUUGAGUUGCCUUCAUUUAAACAAUGCAAAAAGUGAAACAAGUCUUGCUGCUGGACAUUCAAUUCCUAUUGGGAUGUCUCAGGAACCUUAUUUUCCAAGUCUUUUACCUGGUAUACUUGAUAAAAGAAAUGAAAAUAUUGCAGUUAAAUCAAAGAAUUCCAACAGCAGUCAGAUAAAGAGGGAGAUCGGCAUGGGUAGGUCUCGUACGACUGGUUCAAGCAGUGCUCCUGUUCUACAUGCACGCAGCAGCAGCAAGUCAGACUCAACAGAAUUAUCAUCGCCACAAAAGAUGCCACACCUGGAUGUUUGUCCCCUUGAAAGCAGCAACACAAGAAAGAUCCAAAGCAGUGGCUUUAAAGGCGACAUCAGAAAACAAGGCAGCGUCCUUUCAAGAAGAGCCAGGUGUCCUCCUGUGAGUUCAGCAGCUGAGAAUAUGACUUGCGAUUGGAGGGAAUCUCAGUGAACAACAGGAUUUAAAUCCAUUCACUCAUUGCUAAGCGCAGGUUUAUUAAUAUUUCUAGAAUUAUUAGGAAAGUUAUUACUUGAGAAUGUUUUAAAUCAAUGAGUUAAAACAAUGAGCAAAUUACAUACAUUUUUACCAAUUCAUGGAGAACGUACAAACUUCUUAGGAUGUACAGACCUGUGAAAUUUAUCUCAAUAGAGUUUUCAAAAUUAUGGCAUUUACCUCACUUUACAGUCUUGUUGUCCACAGAUGAUGGUCAACUCUAUAAUAUCAAAAAUCUGACAGAUGUAAGUGUUUUAAUAAAUGAAUACAGGCAUUUGCAGUGUAUACCUUUCUUUGUUUAAGAAUUCAAUUCUUUCUUAUGUGUGGAAAUAUAACUUGAUUUUUUUUUUCUCUUGAUGAUUUAUUUACUUUGAAUCAGGUGAAGGCUGGUAACUCAUUCUGAGGUUUCUAAUGAACAAUGUAUUUUCCAUGAAAUCAAAAUAAACCACAAAAAUAAGACUUC